AUGAAUCCUAAUGAUAAUGAUAUUGCUGAUAAAGAAAAUGAAGCUGCAAAUCAAUAUAGGAUUGUGCAUUCUGUAUACCUAUAUUUUCUGAGACAAAAAGCUAAAGAGGCAUGGGCCAAGUGGGGUGAUGAGAAUAGUGCCAUUUUUCACAAGAGUAUUCGUGCUAGAAUUAUACAAAAUUCAGUGUAUGCCAUACAUGACAUGGAGGGGAAAUGGGUGUGUGAUGAGCAAUCUGUGGCUAAUGCCUUCUUGCAGUACUAUCAGAAACCCCUGGGGUCCAAUACAACUCAUAGAAGUUGCAUUAUGCCUGAGGUUGUUGGUGCUGGACCUAUUUUGAAUGUUGUACAAGGUCAGUGUUUGACUGCUCAAGUCACUGGUGAUGAGGUGAAGGCUGCUAUGUUUGCCAUUAAUGGGGACAAAGCACCUGGACCUGAUGGUUUUGGGAGCCAUUUCUUUAAGGAGAAUUGGCAUAUUGUGGGUGGGGAUGUUACUAAAGCUGUCCUGGACUUUUUUAGGACUGGAAAGCUGCUGAAGGAGAUAAAUGCUACAACCAUUACCUUGAUCCCAAAGACCAAAUGUCCUGCUAGUGUUACUGAGUUCAGACCAAUCUCAUGCUGUAAUGUAAUUUAUAUGUGCAUAACUAAGAUCUUGUGUGAAAGAAUGAAAGUGGUUUUGCCUGAGUUGAUUGCUGAGAACCAGGGGGCUUUUGUCCAUGGUAGGUUCAUCAUGCAUAAUAUCAUGAUUUGUCAAGAAAUUGUGAGACAAUAUGGUAGGAAGAGUGCCUCUCCCAGCUGUUUAGUUAAGCUAGAUAUGCAGAAAGCUUAUGACACAAUUGAAUGGGAUUUUCUGGAGGAAAUGCUACUUGGUUUGGGGUUUCCUGAUCAAUUUGUGGCUUGGAUUUUGGUUUGUGUCAUUACCCCUAAAUUCUGUUUGAUGAUCAAUGGUACUUUACAUGGCUUCUUUGCUUCAAAAAGGGGGUUGAGACAAGGGGAUCCCCUUUCACCCUUGUUGUUUGUGAGCUUCAAAAUCUUUUCUGACACUUCUGGUUUGAAAGCCAAUGUGCAAAAAUCUGCCAUAUAUGCUGCUGGUAUGAAGCAAGCUGAAUUUGCAAAGGUGGUUGAGUUAUCCGGGUUUACUGCAGGAAGCUUCCCUUUUAGAAUUACCUUAAUCAAUUCUGUUUUGAUGAGUGUGCAUGCAUACUGGGCUCAGGUGUUUGUGUUGCCAAAACACACACUUAAAACUGUGGAGGCCAUCUGCAGAGCCUUUCUUUGGCAAGGUUCCUAUUUUAGUUCUAAACCUGGGUAUAUAGCAUGGGACAAGGUGUGUACAGCAAAGAAAGAGGGUGGUCUAGGAAUCAGGAAUGUUCAGAUUUGGAACAUUGCAGCUUUGGGGAAUGGGUGGUAUUGGAGGAAAAUUUGUGCUGUCAAGGAACAAUUGAAGCAGUACUAUGAUGAGAACAGCUUUGCUCAAUUGCCUAAGUAUUCUGUGAAGAAGGUAUAUAAGCAAAUGGUGGUUCAUCACCAGAAACUUCCUUGGUGUUUUGCAGUCUGGUGUAGAGUUGCAGUUCCUAAACACAGAGUCAUUUGGUGGCUCAUGGUCCAUGGGAGAUUACAGACUAGAUCCAGGUUGAAAAAACUGGGGGUAUGUGAAACCUCCAUGUGUCUGAUUUGUGACAGUCACGAGGAAACUCAUCCUCAUCUCUUUUUUGAAUGCUGCUACAGCAAAGCAUGCCUGAUGGAGAUAAAGCAAUGGCUUGGCAUACCAGGUCGAAUUGUUCAUUACAUGGGUUUGAUCAGAUGGAUUCAAUGGAAGAGCAAGGGGAAUAAAUUCCAUAAGAUGGUUCAAUAUACUGCAGUUAAUGCUGUAGUGUAUGCCAUUUGGAAAGUCAGAAAUGAUGCUCUAUGGAACAACAAGAUUCCUACUAUACUACAUACUCUCAAUUUUGUGAAACAAAGUGUCAUAAGUAGAAUUCAAUGUAUAGGGGGGCCUGAUAGUGAUAUUGUACAACAAUGGUGGCAGGAGAAGAUUGUUUAG